UAGUUUUCUAGAAAAUUUGAUGGUUGAAAAUAAAAUUAAUAAUAAUUUUGUCUGUGUCAUUUUUCUCUCUCUCCCAAGCAUACAAUUACCUGAUAUUAUUAUAUUACACUACAUAUGUAUCUCUUUUUCUUUCUUUUUUGUUUGAUAUUGCCAUUUUGUCACUAUAAGGCUAACAGAGCGAUUAAAAAAGGAGGAAGAGAAUCACACAUUGACAGUGAUGGGCACUUUUCUCUCAUUAAUUAAAUCAUUCUGCCGGAGAUGGAGCAGACGGGGGAACUGGUGACACCUACUACCCUCCCAAAGCUGGACAGCAAUCAGAGAUACGCCCUGAGCUUAGCAAAGAAAUACGCUUAAGAAAUUACAGCAAAACAUCAACAAGCGAAGCAGAGUGAAGUACACGUUCAGCAGAUGCAGUCAUUGCAGGAGGUAGCCAACCAGCAAAGAGCACUACUACUCAUGAGCCGUAUAUACAUUGGUAGCAUUAACUUUGAACUAGGAGAAGAGGCAGUCCGAGUUGCUUUCUCUCCAUUCGGUACCAUAAAGACUAUCAACAUGUCCUGGGACAGUGCUACCAUGAAACACAAAGGAUACGCUUUCGUGGAAUUCGAAACAGCCGAAGCUGCUCAACUAGCCCUAGAGCAGAUGACGGGAGUCAUAAUUGGAGGGAGGAACAUUAAAGUGGGACGUCCCAAUAAUGUCCCCCAGGCUGCUCCAAUCAUAGCCUCUAUUCAGGAGAGUGCUGCUAAACUCCCUCGUAUUUAUGUGGCUUCUAUUCAUAAAGACUUGUCAGCUAAAGAUGUGAAGAGUGUUUUUGAGGCGUUUGGUAAGAUCAAGAAAGUCGAACUAGCCCCAGACACAGCCCCAGGGAAGCACAGGGGGUGGGGCUUCAUUGAUUACGAGAAUCAUAAAAGUGCAGCUGAUGCUAUCUCAUCAAUGAACCUGUUUGAUCUGGGGGGACAGUUC